UAAUCGGUGUCCGAAUCAAUGACAGUGCGCAAUAUUCUGAACUACUCUAGCCAGCUUGGCGCUUUGUUGCCGUUUUAAUUUUAAGUAUUUGGCUUUCCGACUGACGCUGUCGUGGUCUAAGGCGUCAGUGGCAGAAUUUAUUAAAUAUUUGACAACCUGCCUUCGUGAGGCUGGUGUCAUCCUUGUCAGUCAGAAUGACCGACCCGGCUGUGAGGAGGGUGGUUAGUGAUGUUAUUCGCUCACCUGAGGAUAAACGGGAGUACAGGGGCCUGGAGUUUAUCAAUGGCCUGAAGGCAGUGCUCAUCAGUGACCCGACCACAGACAAAUCUUCAGCUGCUUUGGAUGUCCACAUAGGUUCUCUGUCAGACCCACCGAACAUCUCAGGGUUGGCACACUUUUGUGAACACAUGCUGUUCCUGGGAACAGAGAAGUACCCCAAGGAGAACGAGUACAGCCAGUUCCUCAGUGAGCACGCAGGCAGCUCCAAUGCCUUCACCAGCGGAGAACAUACCAACUAUUACUUUGACGUUUCUCAUGAACACUUGCAAGGAGCAUUAGAUAGGUUUGCUCAGUUCUUUCUGUGCCCAUUGUUUGACGAGAGCUGCAAGGACCGCGAGGUGAACGCUGUGGACUCGGAGCAUGAGAAAAACCUGAUGAAUGAUGCUUGGAGGCUGUUUCAAUUGGAGAAGGCCACUGGCAACCCAAAACACCCUUUCAGUAAAUUUGGAACAGGAAAUAAAUUGACACUAGAGACCCGACCAUCUAAAGAGGGGGUUGAUGUCCGUCAGGAGCUUCUGAAAUUCCACUCUACAUAUUACUCUUCUAACCUCAUGGGACUGUGUGUGUUAGGAAGAGAAUCACUGGAUGAAUUGACGGCCAUGGUGGUUAAAUUAUUUGGAGAAGUGGAAAACAAGAACGUACCUGUUCCAGAAUUUCCUGAACACCCCUUCCAGGAACAACACCUUAAACAAUUCUACAAAGUGGUUCCCAUCAAAGACAUUAGAAAUCUUUACGUGACUUUCCCCAUCCCAGACCUACAGAAGUACUACAAAUCAAACCCAGGACAUUAUCUGGGACAUCUGAUUGGUCACGAAGGACCCGGAAGUUUGUUAUCUGAGCUGAAAUCUAAAGGCUGGGUGAACACACUUGUUGGAGGUCAGAAAGAGGGAGCCAGAGGAUUCAUGUUCUUCAUCAUCAAUGUGGACUUGACUGAGGAGGGCCUCUUGCACGUUGAGGACAUAAUCUUCCACAUGUUCCAGUACAUCCAGAAACUACGUACUGAAGGGCCUCAAGAGUGGGUGUUUGAGGAGUGCAAGGAUUUAAACAAUGUUGCCUUCAGGUUCAAAGACAAGGAGCGUCCCCGUGGCUACACUUCCAAAAUAGCAGGUUUACUACAUUACUACCCUCUCAAAGAAGUUCUAGCAGCAGAGUACCUCUUGGAAGACUUCAGGCCAGAUCUGAUCGAGAUGGUGCUGGAUAAGCUGAGACCAGAACACGUCAGAGUUGCAGUGGUGUCAAAAUCAUUUGAAGGACAAACAGACAUGACAGAAGAGUGGUACGGCACGCAGUACAAACAGGAGGCCAUCUCUGAGGAGACCAUCAAGAAAUGGGCAAAUGCAGACCUCAACGGCAAAUUCAAAUUGCCAAUGAAAAAUGAGUUCAUCCCUACCAACUUCGAGAUCUACCCUCUUGAGAAAGAAUCUCCUUCAGUUCCCACUUUAAUCAAGGACACUGCUAUGAGCAAGGUGUGGUUCAAGCAGGAUGACAAAUUCUUCCUCCCCAAGGCUUGCCUGAACUUUGAGUUCUUCAGCCCGUUUGCGUACGUGGACCCAUUGCAUUGUAACAUGGCAUAUUUAUACCUGGAGCUCCUCAAGGACUCCCUCAACGAGUAUGCAUAUGCAGCCGAGCUAGCUGGCUUGAACUAUGACCUCCAAAAUACCAUCUAUGGGAUGUAUCUGUCUGUUAAAGGCUACAGUGACAAACAGCACAUCCUGCUGAAGAAGAUCAUCGAGAAGAUGGCCACUUUUGAGAUAGACGAGAAGCGCUUUGACAUCAUCAAGGAAGCUUACAUGAGGUCUUUGAAUAACUUCAGAGCUGAGCAGCCUCACCAGCAUGCCAUGUACUACCUCCGUCUUCUAAUGACCGAGGUCGCUUGGACCAAAGAUGAGCUCAGAGAGGCUCUAGAUGAUGUAACUCUCCCACGCCUUAAGGCCUUCAUACCUCAGCUGUUGUCACGGUUACAUAUUGAAGCCCUUCUUCAUGGCAACAUCACCAAGGAGUCUGCUCUUGGCAUGAUGCAAAUGGUGGAGGACACGCUCAUUGAGCAUGCUCACACAAAGCCUCUCCUCCCGAGCCAGCUGAUUCGCUACAGAGAGGUGCAGGUUCCAGACGGUGGCUGGUAUGUUUACCAGCAAAGGAAUGAGGUACACAACAAUUGUGGCAUCGAGAUCUACUACCAAACAGACAUGCAGACCACCCACGACAACAUGCUGCUGGAGCUGUUCUGUCAGAUCAUCUCUGAGCCCUGCUUCAACACACUGAGAACCAAAGAACAGCUGGGCUACAUUGUCUUUAGUGGGCCACGGCGGGCUAACGGAGUGCAAGGGCUGCGUUUCAUCAUCCAGUCGGAGAAGGCGCCCCACUACCUGGAGAGCCGAGUGGAAGCCUUCCUGUGUGCUAUGGAGAAAGCUGUUGAGGAAAUGAGCGAGGAAGCCUUCCAAAAACACAUCCAAGCCCUGGCCAUCCGCCGCCUGGACAAACCGAAGAAGCUGUCUGCUGAGUGUGCUAAAUACUGGGGAGAGAUCAUCUCUCAGCAGUACAAUUUCGAUAGAGACAACAUUGAAGUGGCAUAUCUGAAGACUUUGACAAAAGAAAACAUAAUGGAGUUUUACAGAGAACGACUGACGGUCGAAGCCCCAAAGAGACACAAAGUGUCGGUGCACGUGCUGUCCAGGGAGAUGGACUCUUGUCCAGUAGUGGGAGAGUUCCCCGCUCAGAAUGAUGUCAACCUGGCUCCUGCUCCUUCCCUGCCACAGCCCACAGUGAUUCAGGACAUGACGGAGUUCAAGAGGAGUCUGCCUCUGUUCCCCCUGGUCAAACCUCACAUCAACUUCAUGGCAGCCAAACUGUGAGCGAGGCCGGCAGGUCGACACAGCAGGGAGGCACGGAGGGCGGCCCUGCUCUGUUUCACAUCUAACCACUUCACCUCCUGCCACUUGGAAGACCUUCAUCUGACGGAGCCUGCAUGAGUGUGUGUUUGUUUGCGUGGAUGCAUGUUGAAUGCGGGUGUGUGCACGUGUAGCAGGGAGGAGCCACUCAAAGAGGAAAUCACAAAGUUGUUGACGUAGCUGUGAUAAUGAUAGAGGUAACACCAGAAUCACCUCAUGUAACGUCUCUAAGAGGAGACGUAAGCUCACGCUUCACAGCACUGUGUAGGCUGCUGUAGACUAAACAAGAAGCAAAACGACAAAAAAAAAGCAAAAAAAAAAAGCUGAGGGCCAGGACCCUUUAAUGAGUUCAAGUAUACUGCAGAAGCUUCACAGUAGGAGGCUUUUUAUUUGGAUUAUUCAGAGACAUCCUGCUUUGAGGAUGGAUUGCGAUUUUAUUGUGAUGAGCUGUUGAGGUUAAAGACAGUAGCUCCGUGAAGGUCUUUGCUUUUAUUUGUUUGGACUGGUGUGUUUGUAACUCUCUGAGAGGAACCACAGCUCUCCUGGGGGGGAGAAAUCCCAGAAGAUGCACUCGGGCAAAUGAAAUCUUUUAAGUCAAAUUUCUGAAUUUUAAUGUAUUUGCCUGUAAACUGCUAAAAUAUUGGGAUCCUAUGAGGAGCUGUUUUUAAAUUGCUAACCACUAAACCAUGCCCGUACAUCUCUUCUUUUUUAAUGCAUUUUACAGUAGUAUGUCACUCAGACAUCUCAGGGGUAUGUCCAUGCUGUUUUGUUUUUUAUUAUUAUUCAAUCUUAUUAGUAAUUAAAAUAAAAACAUUUAGUCUGUCAUCUACAUUAGUACGUUAUUCAAUUUACAGUGUGAUCAGUUUCUGAAAACUUAAAAAUAAUGGCUGUAGAGACAUUUUGUUUCUCUGUGUUGAAGCUUUAGGGAGGUCGUCAGGAUCCGUUCACUCUGCAUGAGAGACUUUCUGCAGCUGCUGCCUUUCAGAUUAGUUUGUAUCCUGGUCUGAUUUGAGGCACAAUCCUGGAGGAUCUAUCCUGUCCCCAGCAUAAUUCUGGGUGAGCAUUAGCUCUUAAAGCAUAGAUGUCAAACAAAGCAGCUUGAACUUUUUCUCUAAAAACAAGAAAACAUUUCAUAUUGAUGUCUGAAGGCGAGAGUUUGGUAAAACGCUCCAGUCUGGAUCCUUUUACCGAAAUAUAUGCACUUCUCUCACUAAGCAAUAAACUCAAUGCUGUGCAGAGGAAAUAGCGUGGGCCUAAACCCCAGAGAGGACCGCCUCCAGCCUGAUUGCUUUGUUGGCCCUGCAUGGUGCAGUGCUAACGUGACCUGCUCUCUUGGUGCUAACCAGUUUCACAGUGUAAAAACUGCUGCUGGUGGAGCCACAAAUCUUAAUUUAUGUUUUCCCAUUCCCCUAACAUAUCUGCUCUCAGGUAGAGUUCAUGAAUAGUCCUGCUUUUUCAAAAGUUUCUUAAAUAUUUCCUGGCAUUUUACUGUCUCAAUCGGAUCCAAACUAUUACUUUUUUAAUUUCCAGCAAGUCCUCUUCAUUAUCAACUUCUACUGCUUUAAAAGGCACUAUAUUACCUUGUGGUGAAAACCCAAAGAACCAGCAGCAGAAGCAUGCCUUAGUCUAUUACUUACACAGCAUGUAGCUCCACAGCGUCUCAGGAGAGCGGGUGAUAAAGCAGUUUUCACACAGCGUUCUAGAAGAAACCAAUGUUACAUAUCAGGCUUGGGCGGGCCGUGCACUGUUUGACGUGAAGUACCUAGUGAGUGGUUUUCAUUUAGAAAAUCAAAUUUUAAAUUUCUGGAUGUAUUUAGCAACUCAGAACGACUGUGAUUGGCUGGUGGGGGUCAUGGGCAGGUGAAGAGUGUUGAGUUUGGUCUUUUUAUGUUUCUUGUGUGUUUCUAAUUAAUAAACAGCUGAAUGGAAA